AUGAUGGUCUUGAUGUUAGUGGGAGGUGGUGGAUUUGGUGGUGGUCGGGUUGGUAUGUUUGACAGUAGUGGCUUUGAUGGUGCUGAAGGUGGUGCGUUUAACGAUGGAUCAGGUGCAGGGGUUCUUCGCCGAGAAGAGGAAAUAGUUCGUCUUAUUGGCUCUGAGCUGAUGCUGAGUUUACUUGGAAGGAAUUUGGCAAAGUUAUUCAAACUAAUGAGGAAACUACGAUAUUGCUGCCAAAUGAAGAAGACGACUGGCAAAGAAGCAAUGACAGCAAUGGGGAUAGAAUAUGGGUCAAUUCACAUGGUUAACGUUUGUCUAUCCUCCUUCCAGUUUGGUGAUGGACAUGGUACGUCUGAUGAUGUGGAUCGACUUUUGAAAGAAAGAAACUCCCUUAAUAAUCAGGUACUUCUCCAAGAAGAGGAAAUGAGAAACCUUAGAAACAUGUUGGCUCAAGAAGUCGAGGAAAAUAGAAAGCUUCAAAGCAGGUUGGCUCAAGAAGUCAAGGAAAACAGAAACCUUCAAAGCUUGUUGGCUCAAGAAGUCAAGGAAAUUAGAAACCUUCACAGCAUGUUGGCUAAAGAAGUCAAGGAAAUUAGAAACCUUCAAAUGUUGGCUCUAGAAGCUGAAGAGGCAAGAAAGCUACAAGGCCCGACAGGUAAGAUUCCGAAAGUUUUUAAAUCCCUUAAUCUUAUCCCUGCUAGGAGAGAGACGAACCUCACAGGAGCAAUGACUAGUAGAGCAGUCAAGGAUUAUAGAUAA